AUGAGUUCCGAAACUACUGAUCCAACCUCUCAAUCGAACUAUCGUCAGAUCAGCACAAAACACUUUUCUCUCGACUGGUCGAUUGAUUUCCAUGAGAAAGUGAUCAAAGGCUCUAUCACACACGAGCUUACCGUGCACACAAGCGAUUUAAAGGAGGUCAUUUUCGAUACAUCGGAUGUCGUGAUCAAGCGCGUGUACGUCGAGGGCGAGUCUUGCCAUGCUCAGUAUUCCCUGGGAGAGAAACAUGAAGUCAUGGGCUCUGCGCUGUAUAUUCCACUUCCUGCAGGUCUGCAGCCAGGAUCUUCGGUGAAAGUGACGAUCGAGUACAAUACAACGGAGCCAGGAUGCAAGGCAUUGCAGUGGCUUGACAAAGCACAAACUCAUGGCAAGACCCAUCCUUAUUUGUUCAGUCAGUGCCAACCGAUUUAUGCAAGAGGUCUUUUGCCAUAUCUUCAACAGACAUAUGAAGCGAGGAUCACGUCUGUCCUUCCUGCACUCAUGUCUGCUAUUCGAGUGUCUCCGCCUGCGGAAGGACCGGUGCACGAUGGGAAGAUUGUUGGGCAGGAUGAAGUCACCUACGUCUACAACCAGCCGGUGCCCAUACCAUCUUACUUGAUUGCAAUUGCGUCAGGAAAUCUCUGCUACCGCGCAUUCGAGAAGCUCGAAGGAAAGGACUGGACGAGCGGAGUAUGGGCCGAGCCGGACAUCAUCAAUGACGCUUGGUGGGAAUUCAAGGAAGACACGACAAGGUUUUUGGCUGCAGAGGAGGAACUCGUUGGUAUGUCGUAUAAAUUUGGCGUGUAUGACCUCCUGGUGUUGCCUCCGGCAUUCCCUUAUGGUGGCAUGGAAAAUGCGUGUUUGACGUUUGUCACGCCAACUUUGUUGACGGGCGACAGGACAUUAGUGGAUGUCGUCGUACACGAGAUCACGCACUCCUACUUCGGGAAUGGUAUAACACACGCAGACGCUUCACACUUUUGGCUCAACGAAGGUUGGACGACGUACAUCGAGCGCCUCCUCCAGCAGAUACUGCAUUCCCCUGCUCACCGCGGAUUCUCUUUCCUAACUGGUUCGAAGCAGCUUUAUGAUGACCUCAAACUCUAUGAGCAGCGCAAUAAGAAAUAUCAGAAAUUGCAAAUUGAAUUCGAGAAAGGCGAGAACCCCGACGACGCCUAUAGCUCGGUGCCAUACGACAAAGGCGCCAAUUUCCUCCUCCACAUCGAACGGACGUUGGGUGGUUUGGAUGUGUUCCUUCCAUACGCGAAAGAUUAUGUCAAGACGUUCAUGGGUAAAAGCAUUACCACAGAGAUGUGGAAGGAGCAUCUUUUUGACUACUACACACGGUUUGGUGGGGACGACGAGCUUGAGGCGCUCAAAAGCAUUGAUUGGGAUGCAAGUGCUUGGCUUUUUGGAACGGGCGUGACCCUUCCUGUGCCCAUGGAAUAUGACAUGACCCUCGCGCAACAAUCCUACAAGCUCGCUGAGAGGUGGAGCAAAACUAAAGAUACAUCUGAGUUCAGUGCCACCGAUAUCAGUGGGAUGGACGCCAACCAGAUCGGCGCUUUCCUUGAACGACUACAAUCCUUCGACCCGUUGCCAAUAGCGCAUAUCGAUGACCUUGGUGACCUCUACGGGCUGGUUAGUUCACCCAAUGCAGAACUCCGUUUGAGGUUCUACCAAGUAGCUUUGCUUGAUCCCCAAUCUACCAAGUCGGAGCAAUAUGCUACAGCGGCUUUGGGCUGGAUUGUUGGCGAAGAGGAUGGGAUGGUCAAGGGUCGAAUGAAGUUCUGUCGGCCAAUAUUUAGGGCGGCGUUUUCUGUUAACAAGGCGAUGGCACAGGACAAGUAUGAAGAACACAAGAGUUCAUUCCACCCCAUCGCACGUGGUCUUAUUGAGCAGGUGAGAGAUAGAUAG